AUGGCGGAGACUGGCCGGGACGACAACGACAGCGGGGGGAGGGGAGAGGUUUCAAGAUUGAAGCAGAGCCGAGAUCAGGCCUGGGAUCGCAAGGAAGAACCAACUGAUGGCGACAAAAUGAAGUCAAAGGAGUCCGGCAUCCAGUUAGUAACCUCGGGUUUGAGCGUCGGCAACUCGCUGACUCAGCGUUGA